CCCCGGGUCGGGGACGCCGUGAGGGGGCCCUGCCGGGGUGGGGCCUGAAGGGACGGCGGCAAUACGGCAAGGAAACGGAGGGGGUGCUGGAUGGCACCUCCAGGUCCCCUUUGCCAAAGACCCGUUGGUCAUCUGAGCGCUGAGAUUUGGGAAAUGUUGCGGUAUCGCUGUUCAACAGGGAGGGCUUUGCCUGAGCCCCACAGGCCCGUUCUGCUUGACCGGAGGUGCACCUGCAGCCCACCGUCCCUCAGGAGCGAGGAGCAGUAGGCGGCGAGGGCCACGAGGGGCCCCCGGGUCGGGGAGCACAGCACCAGCCGGGCUUAGAGAGGGACGGCUGCUGGAGCCCUGCCGACAGCCGGCAGCCGGCCCUAAAGGUUCCGUAAGGUCACGGGACUCGCGAUGUUUUCCUUUGGCGUUGCUGAUAACAGCGCGGUGAAUGAUUCGGUCGGUAUCACCCAUCACUAGAGAGCACAGUUUGCAUCGGGAGAGCUUUAAAGAACCAGAAAACCCCUAUUGCCCCACGCUUUAUUGUCAUGUCAAACAGGAGACUGUCGGGUAUAAUGCCUGAGAGCGGACUUUGCCCUCUGUUUAUACCAUGAUUUCAUCUCUGUGUCGGGGAAGGUAAACAACGCAGAGCGGAGGCACAGAUACCGCUCUGCCUGAAGCGUGGGUGUCCACAGGCUUUGUGGCUACAUUUCAAGUGCAGAGAACUCUGUCUGUGUAUAUAUAUAUAGGUGCAGAUAUAUUAUUUAUGCAAACCGCUUCUUCAUGCUGCCUGCACUACAGCCCUCGUUGUAAGCUGGAUGUUUUUCCAUCGCUUUCCAAGCUCUGCACAUCAGGGCUACUCAUCUGUGAGCUGCACACAGCAGUGCUUAUCUCCCGGCUCAUGCCGAGGGCUGUGUGCACACACACACAUGCAAUACACUAGAUGAGAAUUGCCUCGAAAGUACAAUACAAUAAAAGGGAAAUUAACCUCAGUAAUAUCACUUCUUGUCGAGACUUGGUCCUGUUCAGCGUUCCUGGUAUUUUGUUAUUUAUUUACUUUCAUUUUUUUAAUUUCAGUUUGGUAUUCAUUUUCAAAUCGAUAAUUGUUCCCACCCCCCUGAAACCAGGCUUAAUUUCGAAUAGGUAGGUAAUGCUGUUUAAGUCAUUGAGUUGUCUCAUGCUUAAAAUAAAUUACGCAAAUGUCAUUGUAGGAGUGAACUGCCACAAAGAUAGCAUGCUGAUGCUGCCACGGCAUUUCCUGAUACUGUAAUAGUAAGCGUUAGUGAGCUGUUCUCAAAUUCUCACCAACUUCCCUUGUUGGAAAAAGAAUGCUACAAAAUGGAGAUGCAUUAAUAUUAAAAACUAGAGCAUCUAUUAUUAGCUCUGAUGUAAUAACACUGAUGUAAUUUUCGGAGAGAGAGUUAAACAAUACAUCUUGGAACUGUAUGUUUGUUGUUUUUUUAUGGGUCCCUGGAACCAUAACUUUGAUUAAGAACUGCUGAGUUAAGCUAAAACACCCUUCCAUAAAAACAAAACACAACUGUUUCUGUCCUUAAUUAAUUAUUUAACAGAUUUAAAAAGCGAUACUUUUUCAGCCUUCCCCUGAGGUAUGAUGGAUGUGAAACAAGAAAACAUGCACUGAUAGUAAGGCAAAGAGUUUGGUCUCUCUUCAGGCUUUUCACAGCGGUUCGUAUCCCUGCAGUUACACCUUUUUGGCUAAAGAGUGGUUGCAAAGGCUGUUUCCAUGCUCUGGUCUGUAGCCAGAGGUGUUGUGGUGUCAGGAAAUCCCCACUACACGUGACUGAGGAAGAUGCACGGUGUUCUGUAGCCACUUCUGUAGUUUAAACUAGGGGGUGCUUAAAUUUGUUCCUGCUGUGUUACUGCAUUUAACUGUUUCUUUGUAGUUGCAGCUUUGUGACUGAGCCUAUCACCUAUGGAUGACACAGUCAAUCAUAAAGCAGGUUUAUUACACUCAGAUUGUUUGGGGAAUAUAGAUUACCAUCAGUUGUUUGCUGCGUACCAGCACAUUGCAAACUGCUUAUUUCAGCUACCGAGUGGUAGGUCUACUUUUUAAUAGCGAAUUUGUCUUGUGGGAUGAAUAAUUUAUUUUACCAUUAUUUUUCCUUCAGACCUCUGGAGCCCGUUAUGCAAUACCUCACUGUUCUGCACUGCUCCUAUCGCAUUAUAUCGGUAAACUUUAUGUAAGUCAAGUGUUUUAACAUAAUAUCUCAUCUUGGAAAGAAUUUGUGCACGCAUUCUCCAGACAAGCACUAAUGCUGUAACUUUUUAGGCAGUAAUUCUCUCUCACAUUUUUAACUGUUUAGUUGUCGGUCGUUUCAGGGAAACAUUCAGACACUCCUUCACAAGAGCAUCAACCCGAUAAAAAGAUAAUCCUAUAUUAUAUGACGAUCAACAUCUGAUGUUCAGGCAGAGACUAGACCUUUGGAAUCAAAGUGAUCGGUAUUUUAGGCAUUCUGGACAACACUUGAGAGCCUUUAACGUUCAAACGGCCGCAAUUGGGACAGGUCCCCAAGCCCGGCCCGGCUCGGCUCGGCUCGGCUCGGCUCGGCCCGCCCCUCCCGAUGAGGACACAAGAUGGCCGCCGACCCCCACGGAGCCUCGCGCGUCGCCUUAGCAACAAAGCUGCGCCUUAGCCGCCAGCGCUCCGGAAGUCCCGCCCCCUGCGCGUCCCGGUUGCUAGGGAGCAGAACCGGAAAGGGCGGGGAGGGGGUGAUGGAGCUGGGCGCGGCUGGCGCAGGUUGAUUCUGCUUUGGGAUAAUGGCAGGAAAAGUGAAGUGGGUAACUGACAUAGAAAAAUCAGUUCUAAUAAACAACUUUGAAAAAAGAGGCUGGAUUCAGGUGGCAGAAAAUGAGGACUGGAAUUUUUAUUGGAUGAGUGUACAAACAAUCAGAAAUGUUUUCAGUGUGGAAACCGGUUACCGCCUUUCUGAUGACCAAAUUGUCAACCAUUUCCCCAAUCACUACGAACUGACCAGAAAAGAUUUGAUGGUAAAGAACAUCAAACGAUAUAGGAAAGAACUUGAGAAGGAAGGAAGUCCUCUUGCAGAAAAGGAUGAAAAUGGAAAAUAUAUUUAUUUGGAUUUUGUUCCAGUAACUUUUAUGCUUCCUGCUGAUUAUAAUCUCUUCGUUGAAGAAUUCAGAAAGAAUCCCUCCAGCACUUGGAUUAUGAAACCUUGUGGUAAAGCUCAGGGAAAAGGAAUAUUUCUAAUCAAUAAACUGUCUCAAAUUAAAAAAUGGUCUCGAGAUAGCAAAACAUCCUCGUUUGUAUCUCAGUCUUCCAAAGAAGCCUAUGUGAUUUCUCUCUAUAUCAAUAAUCCAUUACUGAUUGGGGGAAAGAAGUUUGACCUUCGUCUGUAUGUUUUGGUAUCUACAUAUCGCCCACUGAGAUGUUACAUGUAUAAACUUGGAUUUUGCCGAUUUUGCACAGUAAAAUAUACACCAAGUACAAGUGAACUGGAUAACAUGUUUGUACAUCUUACAAAUGUUGCCAUUCAGAAACAUGGGGAUGAUUACAAUCAUAUCCAUGGAGGCAAGUGGACAGUGAGUAACUUGCGCCUGUAUCUAGAAAGCACCCGUGGAAAGGAAGUUACAAACAAAUUAUUUGAUGAAAUUCACUGGAUAAUCGUGCAGUCGCUGAAGGCUGUCGCGCCUGUAAUGAAUAAUGAUAAACACUGCUUUGAGUGCUAUGGAUAUGACAUUAUCAUUGAUGACAAGCUUAAGCCGUGGCUAAUUGAGGUUAAUGCUUCCCCUUCUCUUACUUCCAGUACUGCUAAUGAUCGCAUCUUGAAGUACAAUCUCAUUAAUGACACACUUAACAUUGCUGUGCCUAAUGGGGAAAUUCCAGACUGUAAAUGGAAUAAAUCUCCACCUAAAGAGGUUCUUGGCAAUUAUGAAGUCUUAUAUGAUGAGGAGAUGGCGCAAAGCGAUGGUUCUGAUCGUGACUUGCGAAGUCGUUCUGGGCAAUCCACUGGAACAAAAGGAAAUCGUGGGAGAGAUUCAGGAAAGCCUGUACUAACCACCUGGAAAUAGUGAUUAAGCAGAACAGCUGCUGAGUUGGUAGGACAGCAUCAUGAAAAAAUGAGUUCAUGAACAGAUUUCUCUAUUUUGCCGUGUUGUAUGAGGGAAACAAUCAAAGAAAACAAUACAGCCUUUGAAAAUAAGUGAAAUGAGCACUCCAAAACCAGGAUCUUUAUAAUACAUGCACUGACUUGCCAAUUAUAAUAAUUAUACACAUGCGUGUGUAAAUAUAUUUAAAAUGUAUAAUUUAUGUAAUUAAUUUAAUACAAGAAUAUUUAAGCUUGUAGUUCUCUGAAAGCAACAAAUUUUUAGAAGCAUCUCUGUUCAGACUGUUGGAGAAGCCAGUAAUUAUCAUGAGGUUUCUUUAUAAAGAUGACUUUUAAGAAUACAUGUUCUGAUAUACAGAGCAACAAGUAGCUUGUGUCUGCAUUCUUAUAAUAAAAGAGAUACAAAUAAUGGGAAAGAGUGGUAGUGAUGAGCAUCGAUAUUGUCACAAUGGUGGUUCAGCUUCUUGCUAGGAAAAAAAAAAAACAACUAACAAGAGAAAACAGCAGGGUAUGGAGGUGAGAUUACUGUCAAUUAAAGCAGCCUAGGUACUUGAAAAGUAAAUCUUUACAUGCAGGGUUUUUUGUUUGUUUGUUUUUGGUGUUUUUGUUUUGUUUUUUUGUUCUGCCUUUAGAUAUUUUUGAGGUGAUAAUUCUUUAAAAGUAGAGAGUUUCAUAUAAACAGGGGAUGUUUCAGGUAGUAUGUUGAUGCAUUAUCGGGCUAGCCAUUAGUUUUUAUUGCAAGGUAAUUUGUCUUUGGAAAAUAAGACAGAACAUCUAACACUGUAAUAAAUCUCACUGCUUGAGAAUGGCUGUAAAUUGACUGGCUGUAAAUCUUUACUUGCACUAGAAUUUCUUCAUGUAUCUACACAUGUAAGUACUUCUGUGUCUUUCUGUAUAUUUUGUAUGUACUGCCCCAAAAAUAUUGUUGCAUGUGAUAAACUAUUUCUAGCUCUGAUAUCAAGAGUUGUGAUGAUUAGAUACCAAAAUGUAUAGAGCAAAAGUUAAAAAUAGGUAUUUUGGUCUUCUAACAGCAUAGUAUAUGAAAUAACUAGUUGGGUCCAUCAGUGGCUACUUUCACUCUCAUUUCCUCCAGUUGUUGAGCUGUUACUUAUAAUAAUGUCUGGAUGUGCAGUUCUGAUAAUCUUUUCUCAUCAUUUUUCUCUCUUCUCAUUCCCCUCCCCCUUUAUUUUUUUUUUCUUUGAUGGUGAAGUGUUAUGGACAGAAAGACAAAAGGAGGCUUAAAGUUACAAAUAUCCAUGCACCUGUAAUAAAUUCUAAUCUGGAUAUCACUAAUGCAGCAAUACUCAAUUUCUGUCUGUCACAGCAGGGUGCUUUUCACCUUCUUGUGGCAAGGCUGCGUAAGUGCCUGCAUUGUAAACUUAGCCUCUCCCGAUGCCCUUAGACAUGAUCUGGGAUUCAUCCUUGCAAAAAAGAAUGAAAUACAUGGACUAAAUUGGUCACUCCAAGAAUAAUUUUUGUCUUUAUUAAUCUUGACUAUUUAUUUGAAAUAAAGACCAGAAUAUAGCUGACUGCCUGGUCAUUAGACUUAAUGAAUCUUCUCACUGGCCUUUACAAAAGCAUAUUCAACUUGACGCAUGAAGUAAGUUAAAAUUAUUGCAUGGCAGUGAAGCUCUUCUAAAUCCCAGGUCUCAUAGCUGUUAGAUUUGGUGUGUUUCAUUCUUUAAUUCUUGAACCUGAGUUUUUUGCUUCAGUACUUGAACCUUGGCAGGUAAGCCACUCAUAAGUAGAUGUACAGUCAGAUAUUGUGUUGUGUUAAUGACAUGAUACUUAGACAUUUCCUGCUUUUGCCCAAAUUGUCUGUUACUACAAAGUAUGUAACAAGUUGACAACCUUAUGAAAUAAUAGGCUGUAGAAUUCUGUAGUAUGGUUGUAUUUCUUACAGGUAAUGGAACAGGGAUGCUUGGAUAGAAGGAAAACAGCUUUCUCUCACUUUAAUUUUCACUGCUUUUAACUCAUUUCUCUAAUAGCCUGUGCAAAGGAUGUUACUGUGGUCUUGUUAUAACAGCAGUGCUUGCAAGUGAGGCUACAAUAGAAUGAUUAUUCUUCCCCUUUAUCUUUUUCCUGUUUGUGCAGCCUACACUGGUGGGGCUCUAUAGGGAAGAGGUAUAUUGAAAAAUGCUGAUUCUGCUGAAAAAGUCAACUGUACUAUAGCUUUUUAAGUGUGCAGAAGCAUUAUAUACUAAGCUAGCUGCAGGACUUGCAGUCUGCCUUUUGGGAAAAAGCUUAGCAUGAAAGUAAGAACAAGUCCAGGUUAUUGGCAUUUAUUGGUGUAGAAGGCUUUAGAGAACUGUGUACUUGUGAUUUCACAGUGAACCAAAACUGGUUAUAAUUUCAAAAUAAUGUUGUUCUUCCAAACUCAUGUGUAUGUGGUACUCUGUGUUGGCAGUAGUGGUGUCAUUGCAACUAGCUGAUGAGUUGAAUCAUGGCCUCGAGAACAGGCAUUGGCAAGACAUACCGAAUAGGUACUUAAUAUUUUACUGAUAUUGAAUAUUCUCAUUUAAUUAAUAGAAGGUUUCUAAUGGCUUGGAAAGAGCCAACUCAUUUGAGCUUGCAUUUUAAUUAAUCAGUAUAAUAGCGAAUUCCUUUCAGUCCUGACUUCAGAGCAAUCAUUAUCAUAUUGAAGUCUUACUACUGCUUUCAGAAAAUAAGGAUUUCUAUCUCGCUUCUAUUUCAUUCACACAUUUCAAGAGCAGUACUUUAUACAGACAAUAUUUUUGCAGCAGAGCUAUCGAUUUGGAACUGGCAAAUGCUUCUCUCUUGCCACUUGGAGUAGUGGGAAAGCAGAUUUCAAAUACCUUAUGUGAGGAUGAAAUGUCUGUUAGAUAUUUCAAAGAUUAUCAUCACUAUCUCAAUAUCAAAACAGUAACAUUACUAAUCGGAGAGGGAAAAAACAACAGUUCUGAUAUGAAACUUUCACUAUGUAGUAAUAAAAAACUAGAAUUUAGAUUUCAGAUGUUGAUAUAGCAUUUUACACAGUUGUAUCUUUAACCAAUAUUGGUAAUUUAUACUGCAGACACAAACAUGGUUUUGAUAACGCAGCGUUCUUUAAAGAGCAAGAAGUCAAAGAGACACUGCAGACAUAGUGACCCUCUCUUCCUGAUCUCACCCCAUUCUCUUUUUAAACACAAUGGACUAGUGAUUAGAAAUAGCAGGCUCUUUUCCAACAGGCUUUUUGCAGAGGUUGAAGUUCGAAGACUUAACUAUGUUAUCACUUUUAAUACAUUGAAAAAACUGGGUAUGCAAAAGAAGUCUUAGGGAACAAGACUGAAAUGAUGUUAAAUAGAUGAUUAAUAGUGCCUUUCUCAUUAUCAGUAGCAAGCGAGCAAAAAAACAACUGGAAGCAAGCUGGAAGUCUUCCUUUUUUAUAAAGAAGUUGAAGUCUCCUCCUAUAGAUAAGUAGAAUGUUCUUGUGAAAAUAAAAAGUAGGAACCUACAUUAUGUAAUAUCUAUUUUCCUCUGAACGAUUGGUUGAAAAAUACAUUGCUUCUUCAUUGGAAUUUGAGUAAGGAAAUAAAUGUUUUCUGUGGUAGCUGAGAGUUUGCUCUGUGCAUGAAACAACUUGUCUGCAUGCUAUGAGACGAGGGGAUGAGAAGGAAGCAAAAGCAGUCAUAGCUUUCAGGGAUAGAAGGGUAGUGAACACCGUGCCAUGAGAUGUUUGUGCGUGGCCUAAAAAGAUAAAGGUGAAAUUUUCCUUUUGGUGAGAAGGAGAAACCAGAAAGGAAAAUUUUAUCUCAUGUUCAAGAUUUUAUCGCUGAACAUUUCUCUCCAGUGCUCCUUAACGAAAUCUACUGCAAUAGCAGGGCAGAAAUAAUGCUACAAAGUGGUGUGUGAACUGAUAACAGCCUAUGUGUAGCAUCUGUCAGUUGAAACUGAGGUCAUUAGUCAGAUGUGUAAGCCACAUGUAGAAUGUCUACUAUAGGAUUUGAAGGGAGUUAAGUAAAGUUUAAGGUAAGGUGUGAUGUUAACAUGUGUGUUACGAGAUGUUAAAUGUUGUGUAGAUACCUUCAUUUGAAUGUAAGGAGGCUCUUUUUGCUGGAGUCUAAAUUUCCAAAAGAGAAAAGGCUGUUUUACCUCUGUUUGGUGGGGAUUAAAUGGGUUUAAUGGGUUCUGAGCAACUAACCUUGGCCCUAGGCCAAUCAUAUUCAAUGCACAUUUGACUUUAAGAUAAAGAAAUUGUUUUGGGUCUCAUUGGAGCAAAAUAAAUGAGAAAUAAAAGUCCUCCAAAGUUCUCACUUUGCCUAACAUACUAACUGGCUGAGCAAAGUUACAAUAAAUGUGCUUCUAAGUCUUGCAGUUCAUAUUCUUAAGUGAUCUCUGGUAUAACAGCAGUAUUGUAUGAAGAAUUAAAUAGACCAGCUCUAAACAACUAUGGGAGUUGUUAUAAUGACAUCAGUGUAGAAGGAGCUUAUUGCUGGAGUUGAAUACUGGGGCUUGCUUCCCGGGCACUAACCUUUCUCCCUAUUAAUUCUUUGACAUGGACGGCAUUAAUAAGAUUCCCACAGAAUAGCUUCUUUAUGUGGUUUUAGGAACUUAACUAGAAUAGAAGAAACAGUAUUAUCCCUAAAGCUAUUUUGUUGCUGUUGGCUUUACAAUAGGACUUCUGCCUAAAAUGUCCCUGUCCGGAUUCGCUUCCUGCUGUAAAUGCAGCAAAACAAUAGAUGUUUCACAGAAGAUAUAUAGUGCUGCACUUCAGCAGGAGAAUGUGUCAGGCAGAGCUCAUUUAUCUGUCAUCAAGGAAGGAGCUUUAUUCUGUCAGUAUAAACUGAUGCUGUGUCCAAAGUAGUUACUGUUCAGUUUAUGUAUGUGCAACUAUAACCAGAAGGUAACUUUCAUUCUGUGCCUGCCUUAUUAAAAUAGCUCACUCAAUCCCUCAGUUCAGUGGGAAGCACGCUGUGCCAUCUGGUAUGUGGGUAUCACAAUAUAACACUACUGUCCACAGCUAGCUCUGCUAACCUCUAGCGUUCCUUAACAAAGAAAUAACUUUGUUCCUGUAUUUCUUGCAGCAAAUAAACGUGUAGAGCCGAGAAAAGCUGACUUUGGUCAUAAUUUUGGUAAAAUUCUUGAUUAUUAAGAGGAAAUAGGAAGAUAAAUGGCUGUCUUGGAAAGAGUGUUUGUUUUUACUGAAUAGUAGGAAGUUGCUUGUGCUAGACUUUUGGCUGUUGAUUUUUUUUUA